GCACCAUAAAGACAAGCGACCAUUCCCCAGUGUGGGGCCAUCAUCACAACACUCAGCAACACACCGUGAAGUUAUUGCAGCUCUCGGGGUGCACCUGAUUCAAUGAUGGUCGUCACCCCCUAAAUCAGCGACAGCAACAUAUUGCAGCGCCGCGUCAGCUACUGAAACAUUACAACAAUUCUGUUGUUAGCUGACGUUGAGCAGUGUCACUGUGUAACAUCACUGCCAGUGCCGGCCUCCUUCCAGUACUCCUGUAUAUAGUUCUUGUGAUCUCGCAUCAUGGCUUCCGUACUAUUAUCCAGGCAAAUAUGCCAGUCUUUAGUACUUGGCACAAAGAAUGUCUCUGUUAUGGCUGGAGGAACUGGGGAUCCACUUGUGCAGCGUUUGCUUAAAGGACUACGGGAAGGCCACCGAGCCAGCUUAGCAGAGUCAAUCACACUUGUGGAAACAACUCACUCAAGAAAGAAACUUCAAGCCAAACAACUGAUAACUGAAGUGUUAAAAGAUGCCAAAAAUUUAUAUUAUGCACAUGGGACCAAAGCUUUAAGUUACCGUUUAGGUUUAUCUGGACCUCCUGGGGCUGGAAAAUCAACUUUCAUUGAAAGUUUUGGAAAAUUUUUGACUGCACAAGGUCAUAAAGUAGCAGUAUUGGCAGUUGACCCAUCUUCAGUCACGAGUGGAGGGUCAAUUUUGGGGGAUAAAACACGAAUGAAUGAGCUCUCGCGUGACAUGAAUGCCUAUAUUCGAGCCUCUCCUUCACGGGGUCAUUUAGGUGGGGUGACUCGCUCAACUAACGAAGCAAUUGUAUUAUGUGAAGCAGCAGGGUUUGACAUCAUAAUUGUGGAGACAAUAGGUGUUGGUCAGAGUGAGUAUUCUGUUGCAGAUAUGGUAGAUCUCUUUGCUCUUAUUAUUCCUCCUGGAGGAGGAGAUGAAUUACAAGGAUUAAAAAGAGGCAUUAUGGAGAUGAGUCAGCUUAUUGUUGUCAAUAAAAGUGAUGGAGAUCUUAUUCCAGCUGCUAGACGUAUGCAGUAUGAGUAUAUAUCAGCUCUCAAAUAUAUCCGGCCGAGAAGUAAGCACUGGUCAACACCGGUAAAACGGAUAUCAUCAGUAACAGGUGAGGGCAUUCCCGAACUGUGGCAGCUCAUGCAAAUGUACAAGAAAAGCAUGGAGGAUUGUGGCGAGUUUUUAACUCGUCGUAGGUCUCAGCGACAAACAUGGUUAUGGACUUACUUAAAGGACAGCUUAAUAUCUGCUUUUAUAAAUGCUCCUGGGUUAAGAGAGACAAUAAAUCAAAUUGAAGAUAAGGUGAUGGAUGGAGUCAUUUCUCCUGGAGAUGCUGCAGAUAUACUGAUAAGGCAACACAUUGAUUCACUUAAGAUUGAAAUUGCAAACUCUCAUUUAAAAGCCAAGUAAAAAGUACCAAUACUGUAUUUAGUUGACUUUAAUGUGGUUGAUAAGGAUCCACAUGUAGUUCUGCUGUUCUCAGUAAGUGGUUAAUGUUUAAUUUGUAAUUUACUCGUUACAAUACUGUACUGUACUUGUAAUGAAUUUAUUUCAUACCCAGUUAGUACAGUAUAUAAAGUACUAUAUAAUUAUAAAGAUGCUAUUUUUAUUGAGAGGUUUUAUAAAUGUUUGGAAAAUAUUGGAAUUGAGGGAGAAAAAGUACACUGAGUGAUACCUACAUAUUAAAUAAGUGUAUCCCUGGCUAGGAGACAGGGGAUAAAGAGGAACACUUACUUCCUGCAGCCACACAUCAUUGUUGAUACGGCAUGGCCCAAAGGCUCAUUUGGAGUUCAAGAGGAGGGACUAGAGUUCAUGUUCUAUCACAGCAAGCACAACUAUGCAAAUACCUCCACAAAAACCACAAUAUGCUAACACACUACAAGACUGCAACACAAACCACACCACCACAAACUUGAAGAUGUAAUUUUAAAUGAGGUCAUAUUCCCAAGGGGCUACUCAAUUUGGAGAAGGGACAGAAAAAUUAGGAAAGGCGGUGGCGUUGCUGUGCUGGUAAA